ACUUCAGGCGCCAAAAUUACAGUUGAAGCUGAUAAUGGUGGUGGAAGUGUCUGGAACGAACUGGGAUCUUCUCCUUUGCUAGAACUCUCCUCUUCCUCCUAUAAAUAUACCAAUACGCACGCCUCUUCCCCAUCGAAGCACAUCCUUUCAGCGAUAUAGGCAGCAUAUCAGAGCAAUCUCAAAAUCAAAUCUUUCAAGUUUCUGUAAAGCAAAACAAAACCAGUUCUUCAACAUGUCUCUGAUUCCGAGCUUCUUUGGAAACCGAGGAAGCAGUGUGUUCGAUCCCUUCUCGCUCGACGUUUGGGACCCAUUCAAGGAUUUUCCUUUCCCUUCCUCGUCAAUUUCUCGGGAAAAUUCCGCCCUUGUUAACACGCGUGUGGACUGGAAGGAGACACCGGAGGCGCACGUCUUCAAGGCGGAUCUUCCCGGUCUGAAAAAGGAGGAGGUGAAAGUGGAGGUAGAGGAUGACAGGGUGCUGCAGAUAAGCGGGGAGAGACACGUGGAGAAGGAGGACAAGAACGACACAUGGCACCGCGUGGAGCGCAGCAGCGGGAAGUUCUCGAGGAGGUUCAGAUUGCCAGAGAACGUGAAGAUGGACCAGGUGAAGGCUUCAAUGGAGAACGGGGUACUUACUGUUACGGUGCCCAAAGCAGAGGUGAAGAAGCCCGACGUUAAGGCCAUUGAGAUCUCUGGUUGAGAAUCUGGAAUUCAUGGUUCUACAGGUGUUUCGUUCAUGUUUCUUAGCGUAUAGUUUAUGAAUCAAUAAGUGGGUACAAGAUAUGAUUGUGCAUGCCAAGUGUUUGAUGAAAUGUGGGUGUUCGCAUUUUGUAAUGUUGUUGUAAAGUUGAUAUUCUGAUCAUGAAUAAAAUAAUCAUCGAAGCAUAAAGAAUUUUUUAUUUA